AUGAUCCUUUUUUCAUCUCGCAGUGUGUUACUCUCAGUGUAUUACCCUCAGAUUUUCCUCAUCCUUACCAGUGGGAGUUACCUAGCUUUGUCAUCUGUGGUGGCUUUAGGAGCUAACAUAAUCUGCAACAAAAUCCCAGGCCUGGCCCCUCGGCAGCGCGCCAUCUGCCAGAGCCGCCCUGAUGCCAUCAUUGUGAUCGGCGAAGGGGCACAGAUGGGAAUCAAUGAGUGCCAGUACCAGUUCCGCUACGGGAGGUGGAACUGCUCUGCUCUGGGAGAGAAAACGGUCUUUGGACAAGAGCUUCGAGUAGGAAGCAGGGAGGCCGCGUUCACCUAUGCCAUUACCGCUGCCGGGGUCGCGCACGCUGUCACGGCCGCCUGCAGCCAGGGCAACCUCAGCAAUUGUGGCUGUGACCGAGAGAAACAGGGCUACUACAACCAGGAGGAGGGCUGGAAGUGGGGAGGCUGCUCUGCGGAUAUCAGAUACGGCAUUGAGUUCUCCCGGAGGUUUGUUGAUGCCCGAGAAAUCAAAAAGAAUGCACGGAGGCUGAUGAACUUGCACAACAAUGAGGCUGGAAGAAAGGUUCUUGAAGAGAGAAUGAAAUUGGAGUGCAAGUGUCAUGGAGUUUCAGGUUCCUGUACAACCAAGACCUGCUGGACCACACUCCCUAAAUUCAGAGAGAUUGGAUAUAUUUUGAAAGAGAAAUACAACGCUGCAGUGCAAGUGGAGGUGGUAAGAGCCAGUAGACUGAGGCAGCCAACCUUCCUGAAGAUCAAGCAGAUUAAGAGCUACCAGAAACCCAUGGAAACGGAUUUAGUGUACAUUGAAAAGUCACCCAACUACUGUGAGGAGGAUGCUUCCACGGGGAGCGUCGGUACCCAGGGACGGCUGUGCAACCGCACCUCUCCCAACGCGGACGGGUGCGACAUGAUGUGCUGCGGCAGGGGCUACAACACACACCAGUACACCAAGGUGUGGCAGUGCAAUUGCAAAUUCCACUGGUGCUGCUUUGUCAAGUGCAACACGUGCAGCGAGAGGACAGAGGUGUUCACCUGCAAAUAGCGGCGCCGUGCGCGCAGAGCGAAGCGCCGCGAGCGAGGAAAGUGGAGUACAACAAACAACGACAGCAUCAUUUUGCACAUCUGAUCCUCUUGGGGGAAAGAACCCCAGCCAACACCACAACAACCACUCCCUCCCCACAACUACCUAUUCUUCUAAGGAUGGUGCAUUUUGGCUGGCUGGCUGUUGUAACUGCUUUGGAAACAAGGGCAACAGGAUUAAGGUGAUGUUG